CCUCAGCAGACAUAUUUGAUGAGGAAGUAUUUUUUGUAUUUGAAGCCAUAUUAGGGCUCUGAUUUUGCAUUUCUGAAUCCAUAUUCCUUGUUGGACGGUUGACUUUAGUGGAUGUGCGCUAGUCUUGGUAAAGGUUAAAUAACAACAGUAAACAAUAUGCGAACUAUAUAGCAGACAACAAAUAAACUUGGUGACCUUGUUUUUAUUUUGGUUCUUACUAUAGAAAAAAGAAUGUUAAAUUAUUGAUUUAGUUCCUUACAGUAAAAGAAACUCACAUAACCAGAAUAUCUUUUGCUCUUAGGAAAGGAAGGAUCUGAGGAUUAUAACAGCCACGAUGACAAAGAGUAUAGAAAACUUUCCGUACCACAUUGGUAGAGAGAUUGGAACUGGCGCUUUCGCAUCUGUUCGAAUUUGCUACGAUGAGAAUGCGAAGAUUUACGCUGUUAAGUUCAUUAAUAAAAAGUUUGCAACAAAAUGUAUGGGCUCAAAUGUCUGGGCACGUAGGAUCGCUAGUGAAGUUCAAUUGCAUCGUCUAUGUAAUGGACACAAAAACAUAAUUCACUUCUAUGACACCGCAGAAAACUUACACUGGCGUUGGCUUACUCUUGAAUUUGCGCAGGGUGGGGAUUUAUUUGAUAAAAUUGAGCCUGAUGUUGGAGUCGACGAAGAUGUUGCGCAGUUUUAUUUUGCUCAACUAAUGGAGGGGAUAUCUUUUAUGCACUCAAAAGGUGUUGCUCAUAGAGAUUUAAAGCCUGAGAACAUCUUGCUAGAUUAUAAUGGAAAUUUGAAAUUAUCAGACUUUGGUUUUGCAUCUCUUUAUGCGUACAAGGGUAAAACUAGACUUUUAAACAGCCCUGUUGGUAGUCCCCCGUAUGCUGCACCAGAGAUUACAGGGCAAUACGAUGGCGCCAAAGCAGAUAUUUGGUCCUGUGGAAUAAUACUAUUCGCUCUUUUAUCCGGAAACACCCCAUGGGAUGAGGCUAUCAGCAAUACAGGAGAUUAUUUAGUUUAUAGAAAGCAAGGUGAACGACCGUCUUCUUAUCCAUGGAACCGUUUGUCACCAGGUGCAUAUUCUGUUAUCACUGGUUUACUACGUACUGAUCCUUCCAAGAGGUUUUCAAUAAAGCGUAUUUUACAGCAUCCAUGGCUUACUUCUAAUAUUUCUUUCCGAACCGAUAAUGGAAACUGUUCCGACCCUGUUGCUCUUGCUUCGAGACUAAUGUUGAAGUUACAUAUUGAUUUAGAUAAACCUCGUCCAUCACUUACGGAUACUUCUUCAUAUGGAGCUAUUUCCAUGACACAGCCAACAACAAGAGUGUCAGAUUCUGAUAUUCAUGACCAUACAGCUAUAUAUGGUCAUCUUUCCCAACCAGUUCAGGUGAAUGAAGAGGUUGAUGUUACGGAACUGAUGGAAAAGGAUCCUUCACUGAGUCAAUUUUGUAACACGAAUGGUUUUAUUAAGAGACUUGCUGGAAAAGCCACUAAUUUCUACGAAAUUUGUCCACCGGAACGGUUGACAAGGUUUUACUCAAAAGCUUCUAAGCAGUAUAUAAUUGAUCGGCUCUAUGACACUUUGCGUCUGUUAGCUGUUUCAUUGACAACCAAACAUACAAUUGGACAGAGCACGCUCUAUGUUAAACUUCAUGAUAAGAGAAAAUGUCUACUACAGGGUGAAGUAGCAUUGAAAACACUAGGCCAUAACUUGGAAUUAGUGAAUUUCAUAAAAAGCAGUGGAGACCCAUUAGAAUGGAGAAACUUUUUUAAGAAUGUAGUAAGUUCACUUGGAAAGCCUAUUGUUCUAACUGACAUUACUUCUUGAGAACUAUUCUGAAUUUAAUGAUUGCAUAGUAUUUAAGAUCCCUAUAUAUCUUGGUGUAAUAAAUCACUCAGCUUUUACUUCUAAAAAAAAACAAAAAAAUAAACAAUGAUAAAGUAAACAAUCUAACGUAGAGCAUGCUUCAUGUUAAUUAAUACAAAA